UUAGGGCAGGACUGCAAGGCCAUAUUAUUUGUCAUGGGUUCUAUUUUUUAAAUUUGAAUCCGCAAAGUGAAAUAAACAUGUCAAUUCGUACAGAACGACUGAGAAAAAUUAACGAGCAAGGAAAUCAAUGACAAUAGAAAUAAACCGAGCAAAUUGUUAAAAUUAAACAUAAAAAAUACAUCGGCGACCAAAGAGCUUGGCGGGUUUCUCCACCCACAUCACUCAUGAUCAUUCGACAUGUAGUCUAUCGUCGAGUUUUUUUCCGGUUUUCAAUAUUUUUUCAAUCUCUCAUAUCGGCUCACGAAUAUUAUUUACUCAGCAACAAGUUAUACCUCAUUCGCAAUUAACUCUGGCUAAAGGUAAGGUAAAAGAGCGAGAUUCGAAGUUUUUGAAAUUACUGAAUUACGAUAUUUGUAUUCCGCGCUUCAUUUGGUCAGCGGUUCACUUCUGGAAACCAUUACCAAAUCUUGGAAGUUUGCCCGUUUCACUUCUUUGCAUUGCCUGCCAGGGAUAGAUUUGUUUUGUACCACUUCCAACCUGCUGCCCAGCCAUGAACAAGCCGCAAGCAGGGAGCAUAAAAAUUAAAGCUAAACGACUGUCCAUACGGCGCACUCGCUCGCCAAACAGAAUGGGAUCGGAGGCGAUACGCCAAGAAGCUUACGAUCAAGACCGGGAGAGCUCGCUGCCACCAAACCUCCGUUCAAGAUUGUGGUCACUUUUUGCUCAGAUAGAAAGAGAAUUCGAGUGUGUACAUGCCGAGAACCUUGCUUUACUAGAGAGAGUUGAAACUUUGAAUGAAAAGUUGGACCUUGUUCUCAGUGGUGGAGAAAAGCUGACAGAUGGAGAACUAUCAGCUGAAGGUGGUCCUACUAAGCCUGGAUAUGGCAAAAAACCAUCUGCUAGCCAGCUGAUGUCUCAGAAGCUAAAAACAACAUAUAAAGCUUCCACUAGUAAGAUUGUCUCAAGUUUCAAGACUCCUAACCAAGCAACCAGUAUUGAAUGUCACAGGACAAGAAGUUAUGCUGGCCAUAGAGAUGGCGUGUGGGAGGUGUCCUGUGCUAGACACACACCCACCAUGAUUGGGACAGCAUCUGCUGAUCGUUCUGCCAGACUUUGGGAUGUAGAAACAGGGCAGUGUCUUUUAAAAUACUUGGGCCAUAAUGGAUCAGUGAACUCCAUUAGAUUCCACCCAACUGAUGCAAUAAUUUGUACAGGAUCAGGAGAUGGCACAUGUCACAUAUGGAGGGCAUUAGACUCAAAUCCUGAGCAAGUAAGACAUCACAAUGUCAAAACUUGCAAUCUGUUCUCUUGUGGAUUUGACAGACAAACAGCGCCCACCAAAAGAUCAGUUAAGGCCACGCUAGACAGCAAGAUGUUUGAAGGUGCAGUAAUUGCAGCUGAUUGGUUCACCUCCGGAAAGCAGAUUGUCACAGCUUCGUGGGAUCGCUGCGCUAAACUAUGGGAUGUGGAAACAGCUGAACAAGUUCAUCAAUUGACUGGCCAUGACCAGGAACUUACCCACACCUGUACCCACCCCACGCAGCAGCUAAUUGUCACCUCUUCCACCGACACAACCUUCCGUCUGUGGGACUUUAGAACUCCUUCUAUUCAUUCAGUUAACGUGUUCCAGGGUCAUUCCGACACGGUUAGAUCGACUGCCUUCACAACCAAAGAUAUUGUUGUCAGUGGAAGUGAUGACAGAACUGUCAAGGUUUGGGAUCUGAAGAACAUGCGCUCACCUCUAACAACCAUUAAUACAGAUUCAUCUGUCAACAGACUUUCCGUGUCACCAAUAAACAAUGUGAUCGCCCUUCCUCACGACAACCGACAUAUUCGAUUGUUUGACAUCAGUGGUGUAAGACUUAUUCGACUGCCUCGCAGAAACGGUCAGGGUCAUCAACGAAUGGUUUGCUGCACAGCAUGGGGAGAAGAAACCAAUGUCAAAACUUGCAAUCUGUUCUCUUGUGGAUUUGACAGACGUGUGCUUGGAUGGCAAGUCAGAGAAGAGAAAGACAAAUGAUCCAAUGAAUAUAUUUGUAAUAAUGAGGGUGAAUAGUCUAAUUCUGGUCCUCUCCCUGUCACGCAAUGCUAGGGAGAGAGAGCUCAGCGUUGCGUGGCACAGAGAGAGCCAGAACUGGACGAGAGAGUAAAAUGCUUCUCCUUUGUGGAGGGAGGUGUUGCACCGCGGUUAAAUUUUCACCAGUGGAAAAAUUAAUUGUCCAGCACCUGGUCUUAAAUGAAUAUUAAGAAAUUGGAUAAAAUUUUUUGGUAGAUGUGGACUGUUGGUUUUACAGGAGUGCAGUGCACAGUAAUGGUUUACAAUUAAUUUAUUAUAUUAAUAACAUUUGUGAGAGUGGUUUCUCAUACCUGCACUGGUUGUGGGUUUUGCUCCAGUUUGAGUUGUUUUGUACAACUUCUGUAAAUUAGUGAAUGAUGCACUCCAGGCAUUAUAUGUCAUUUAAAUUUGUCCACAACUACCAUUUGUAUAAAACAAUAAUUUUAAGAAAUAUGACCAAUAUUUGAUUUCACCUCGCGUAUUCAAAACACUUUCUAGCAAGUAAUAAAUGAAGAGAGUCUUCCGCUAGAGGACAUUUUUUUGAUGAGUACAAUGCAACCUGUCGGCACAGAUAUUCUUGCUAAAAAGAAAGCAAAACAAACUAAAAAGGAAAAAAAAACGGUAAACGAAACGGGAAACGGUAAAGCAUGCCUACACGGUCAUCCCCAGCCGCGAGGAGAAUAGUGCGAGACGCCGAAUAUACUUCCGGAUUUCGCGCCUCGCUCUAGACUCCUCGCUGAUCGGAUGAAUGUUCGUCAAAAUAUUGGCUUGGAGCCUGACCACGUAAGGUACAGUUGCUCUAUGCUUUGUGUAUUAGAUCAACAAGGUAUUCCCCCGUUGAAGAUUUUUGUCAUUUUUGACGGUAAUAUUGUAAGGGUAAGGAAAAUUUUCCAUUUCGCGAGUUCUGUGUCUUGUAAUUUAAAAAAGUUUGAAUAAAGAAGCAAGUUUGGUCAUUACAGAGAA